AUGAUAUCAGGGAACACUCACCCCUACACUCACCCCCCUGGCCCUCUGAUAUCAGGUAACACACCCACCCUACACCUCACCCCCUGGCCCUCUGAUAUCAGGUACACACUCACCCUACACUCACCCCCUGGCCCCUCUGAUAUCAGGGACACACUCACCCCCCUGGCCCUCUGAUAUCAGGGACACACUCACCCCCUGGCCCUCUGAUUCAGGGGACACACUCACCCCUACACUCACACCCCUGGCCCUCUGAUAUCAGGGACACACUCACCCCCUGGCACUCUGAUAUCAGGGACACACUCACCCCCUGGCCCUCUGAUAUCAGGGACACACUCACCCCUACCACUCAACCCUGGCCCUCUGAUAUCAGGGACCACACUCACCCCCUGCACUCUGAUAUCACGGUACGCACUCACCCCUACACUCCACCCCUACACUCACCCCCUGGCCCUCUGAUAUCAGGGACACACUCACCCCUACACUCACCCCUACACUCACCCCCUGGCCCUCUGAUAUCAGGGACACACUCACCCCUACACUCACCCCCUGGCCCUCUGAUAUCAGGGACACACUCACCCCUACACUCACUGGCCCAGUACUAACCCACCUGACCUCUUUCUCCAGGGGUGCCAGGAAGGGUCAGAGGUCACUACCCAGCAGGCCGACGGGCAAGGAGGUUGCUGAUGUCACAGCCCUGCUGGAGUCCACUCAAACCGCCCUGGAACAGCUGAAGGACCAG